GUGUGCUCGAGGAGGAGUGUAACCUGGAGGAUCCUAAACCCUUUUAGCCAGUCUGGGCACAGCAGCCGCGGUGGCUCUGCCAGUUCGUCCUGCAAGUGUCUGCUCAGGAGGGCGAGGGAGGAAGAGUGGCAUCACUUUUUCAUGGGGGACAGCUGUAGGAAGGAGCAGAAGGCGGUGCUCAAUGAAGGCCAAGAAAAUGAGAUGGAAAUAUUUGGCUAUCGGACUCAAGGCUGCAGGAAAGCUCUCUGUCUCGCUGGAUCCAUCUUCUCCUUUGGAAUCCUCCCCUUGGUGUUGUACUGGAGACCGGCUUGGCACGUCUGGGCAAACUGUGUCCCAUGUUCUUUGCAAGAAGCGGACAUUGUUUUGCUGAGGACAACAGACGAAUUCCAGACUUACUCUUGGAAAAAGAUAAUGUGGAUCCACCUAUCAACAUUAGGCAGCGCGUUUGGUCUCACUCCUGGACACCCCCUCAUUACUGAUGAGGACUAUGUCAUAAACAGAGCCAUCCAAAAGCCAGGCCUAAAGGUGAGAUGCAUAAAAGUGCAGAAAAUAAGAUAUGUUUGGAAUAAUUUAGAAGGGCGGUUUCAAAAAAUUGGCUCUCUGGAAGACUGGCUCAGCUCUGCCAAGAUACAUCUAAAAUUUGGAUCAGGUCUAACAAGAGAAGAACAAGAGAUUAGGAGGCUAAUAUGUGGGCCUAAUACUAUCGAUGUUGAAAUCACACCUAUUUGGAAGCUGCUCAGCAAGGAGGUUCUAAAUCCCUUUUACAUAUUUCAACUCUUCAGUGUCUGUUUAUGGUUUAGUGAGGACUACAAGGAAUACGCUCUGGCCAUCAUACUUAUGUCCGUCAUCUCUAUAUCUCUGACAGUGUAUGACCUCAGGCAGCAAUCUGUAAAACUCCAUGGUCUAGUUGAAGCACAUAACAGCAUUACAGUCUCUGUAUGUGGGAGAAAAUCUGGAGUCCAAGAGGUGGAGUCGCGUUUCUUGGUACCUGGAGAUUUGUUAAUAUUGACAGGGAACAAAAUGCAAAUGCCAUGUGAUGCCAUUCUGAUUGAUGGCAGCUGUGUGGUAGAUGAAGGCAUGCUGACAGGAGAAAGUAUCCCAGUCACCAAAACUCCAUUACCCAAGACAGAUAGCCCUUUACCCUGGAAAACGCAGAGUGAAGCGGAUUACAAGCGGCACAUCCUCUUCUGUGGAACAGAGGUGAUUCAGGCCAAGCCUGCUUGCUCCAGGACGGUGAGAGCAGUGGUGCUGCAGACGGGAUUCAACACUGCAAAGGGGGACCUCGUGAGAUCCAUUCUUUAUCCCAAGCCAAUGAGUUUUAAGCUCUACAGAGAUGCAAUCAGGUUCCUCUUGUGCCUCGUGGGGACGGCCACCAUUGGCAUGGUCUAUACUCUGUGUGUCUAUGUGCUCAGUGGGGAGUCUCCAGGCGACGUGGUGAAGAAAGCCCUGGAUGUGAUCACCAUUGCAGUUCCUCCCGCCCUGCCUGCUGCCCUGACCACGGGCAUCAUCUACGCCCAGAGGAGGCUGAAGAAGAGAGGCAUCUUCUGCAUUAGUCCCCAGAGGAUCACUGUGUGUGGACAGUUAAACCUGGUCUGCUUCGACAAGACAGGCACCCUAACUUGUGACGGCUUGGAUCUCUGGGGAGUUGUGCCUUGUGACAGGAAGGGCUUCCAGGAAGUCCAUAGCUUUGCUUCUGGCAAGGCUCUGCCAUGGGGCCCCCUGUGUGCAGCCAUGGCCAGCUGCCACUCCCUGAUCCUGCUCAAUGAGACCAUCCAGGGGGACCCUCUGGACCUCAAGAUGUUUGAAGCCACCACCUGGGAAAUGGCUGUGUCUGAGGACAAUUUCCACAUCAAGGGAGUGCCGGCACAUGCCAUGGUAGUUAAGCCCCGCAAAACCGCCAGCCAGGUCCCUGUGGAAGGCAUUGCAAUCUUGCAUCAAUUCCCAUUCUCAUCAGCUCUGCAGAGGAUGACAGUCAUUAUCCAAGAGAUAGGCGGUGACCGACUGGCCUUCAUGAAAGGUGCGCCAGAGAGGGUGGCCAGCUUUUGCCAACCUGAGACAGUGCCAACUAGUUUUGUUAGUGAACUCGAGAUUUACACGACACAAGGGUUCCGGGUGAUAGCGCUCGCCUACAAGAAGCUGGAAGCUGACCAUCACACAGCUGCCCUAACGAGGGAGAAGGUAGAAUCCGACCUGGUAUUUCUGGGGUUACUGAUUUUGGAGAAUCGAUUGAAAGAAGAGACAAAACCUGUCUUGGAGGAGCUCAUCUCAGCACGGAUAAGGACUGUAAUGAUCACAGGUGACAAUCUUCAGACCGCAAUAACAGUGGCCAGAAAGUCUGGGAUGGUUUCUGAAAGCCAGAAAGUCAUUCUCAUUGAGGCAGAGGAAAUCACUGGAUCCUCAUCAGCAUCUCUGUCUUGGAAAUUAGUAGAAGAGAAGAAACACGCUGCAUGCGGGAGACAGGACAAUUACAUUAACAUCAGGGAAGAAGUCUACCAUAAUGGCAAAGAAGGAAGCUACCAUUUUGCCCUAGAUGGAAAAUCCUUUCAAGUUAUAAGUCGAUAUUUCAGCAGCCUCCUGCCAAAGAUACUCAUGAACGGGACGAUCUUUGCGAGAAUGUCGCCUGGGCAGAAAUCCAGUCUUGUGGAAGAAUUUCAGAAACUGGAUUACUUUGUAGGUAUGUGUGGUGAUGGAGCCAAUGACUGUGGGGCUUUGAAAAUGGCCCACGUGGGCAUCUCUUUGUCAGAACAGGAGGCAUCUGUGGCCUCACCUUUCACUUCCAAGACUCCGAACAUUGAGUGCGUACCUCACCUUAUCAAGGAAGGACGUGCGGCUCUCGUCACCUCAUUUUGCAUGUUUAAGUACAUGGCUCUCUACAGCAUGAUUCAGUAUGUUGGCGUUCUGCUGCUCUACUGGGAGACAAACAGCCUUUCAAAUUACCAGUUUCUGUUCCAGGAUCUGGCCAUUACCACCCUGAUUGGGGUAACAAUGAAUCUGAAUGGUGCCUACCCUAAGCUGGUGCCUUUCAGACCUGCAGGACGGCUGAUCUCCCCACCUCUGCUGCUCUCGGUCAUCCUCAACAUCCUUCUCAGCCUGGCCAUGCAUAUCGUGGGCUUUGUCUUGGUUCAGAAGCAGCCCUGGUAUUCCAUGGACUCACACAGUGCCUGCACAGUGCAAAAUCAAAAUGUCUCAAAGUUAACCAUUUCUCCAACUGCUCCAGAAAAAACUGGAGCUAAUGGUUCCUAUACAAGUUUUGAGAACACUACUAUAUGGUUCUUGGGAACACUCAACUGCAUUAUUGUGGCUCUUAUAUUCUCUAAAGGAAAACCAUUUAGGCAGCCCACCUACACAAACUAUAUAUUUGUCUUUGUGGUGAUUAUACAGCUGGGAGUGUGUUUAUUCAUUCUGUUUGCUGAUAUUCCGGACUUGUAUAGGCGUUUGGAUCUGCUCUGCACUCCUAUCCUGUGGAGGGUCUACAUUGUCAUCAUGCUAAGCUCCAACUUCCUCGUGUCCCUGUUUGUGGAGGAGGCUAUUAUUGAAAACCGAGCUCUGUGGAUGGCAAUCAAAAGAUGUUUCGGUUAUCGAUCAAAAAGCCAGUAUCGGGUAUGGCAGCGGAACCUGGCAAACGACUCCAGCUGGCCGCCGCUCAACCAAGUCUCCUACUCCGACAUGCCAGGGUGUGGCAGGGCGGUUUCCUACAGCAAUCCCGUGUUUGAGAGCAAUGGGGAACAGCUCUGAAGGAACUGUGAUGCUCAAGUUGAUAUAACUGAGAAAUAACGGAAAAAGGGACCCGUGUCAAGUGAUGUGAAAACGAGGCUCUUACAAUAUCAGCUGGAGUUUCAGGGAUACCUAUCAAAUCAUGGUGACAAAACUGAAGUCUGUUUGAUAAAAUAUUUCCUACAGAGAAGAACACUGCCCCCAGAAGAAUACUUUCCUCUUGGCUUCUGAGUGGAGGCAGCUAGUGAACCAUGAGCAGGCCAAGGACUGAAAUGGGCCAAGAGAUUGUGAAGCCAAGGAGGGAAAAUAUGUACUCUGUUCUUUUGUUGUUGUUGUUUUGUUUUGUUUUGUGUUCUCAGUGCCAGGACCUUGAGCAAGCUAGGUAAGCACACUACAACACUGAGUCACACUCACACCAUCAGUCCAUGUAAGCGCUAUGUUUUUGGAUAAUAUUCCUUCUAAAUGAGUUGAGGGGAGUCAUAAUAUGUAUAUGUAUAGAAUUGUAACAUGAAAGAUCAUUUUAAAAUUUUUACUUCACUGAUGGAAAGUUAAUUUGUGGGAACCAUCACAUCAAUUUUCAAUGUCUGGUUUCCUUUCCUUGGUGGUACUGUUCAGAUUUGAGGCUUUUUCUUCUCUUUCUGCCCUUCCCCUACAUAGUAUUAAGGAUGCAUUCAGCCUAUGCCGCAGUAACCAACAAGCCCCCUAGCUCAAUGCCUUAACAAACUAGAGCUUCAUUGCUGCAGGUGACUCUAGGACAGCUGUCCUCGGAGUGCUGACUACUUUGGUCUGACGCUCCACCACCUCAACCCAAGGACUCUGUAUCAUGGCAGGGAAGGAAGACACUGGAGGUCACAGGGAUGAUCAGGUGACAAGUGGCACCCAUGUUUGCACCCAUUCUGAUCUCAUAGGCAGGGAUUUAGCUAAGGAGCUUGGAAGCACAGCUCCUCUAUGCAGGGCUGCAUCACAGGCAUAUGACCCAUGGCUACACAGGCUCUCUGCUUACAAGGGCCUCUCACACAGUUUAAUGCUCUGCUAGUUCUGUUUUGCAUUUGUGAACAAGAAUCCUCACAUUUUUCAUUUUACACCAGGCCCCGCAGAUGAUGUAGUUGUCUGGCUUCUACUCUACACUAAGGAAGGAAAGUAGCGUGUCAAGGAGCGCUAGUAUUGUCUCCUCGCCUCUUCUGCUCACCCUUUGUUCUUCUGUGUUUCUUCCCAUCUCAUAUGCCCAACUCCAGCUGUUUUCUCCUCUACUAUUUUUUGUGAAAUUUUAUUCUUGUACAUUCUUACUUACUACUUUAUAUUUUAUUAUUUUUCCUUUUUGGUAUACAUGUUUCUAAUACAUAAUGAUUGUGUUCAGUGUGGGGAGCUGGUAGGUGUACAUGACACACCCUCCUUCUUUUUGAAUCCCUUUCCACUCUGCCGCUUCCCUUCCUCUUCGCUCCAUCUCUCGGUCCCCUUUCUUUUCACAGGACUUCUAUCUCAUUCUUUCCUAUCUUUUAUUUUGGGUUUCUCAUAUGAAAGAAACCAUGAAAUAUUUAAGCUGCUGUCACUAUUGUAGUUUUGUUAUAUUGGAUUAAUGUAGGGUAGCAAAUACCCAGGAUUCUGUUAGGUGGAUCGGUAGCCAAUACUGAAUUCUCAGAGAAUAUCUACGUGUAGUAUUUUAAAGUAAAAGCAUAAUAUUCAUUAUGAACACGAAAUGCCAAAGUGAAUGCUCUGAGCAGAGGAUAAAUUGUUGGCCCAACUGGGCUUUGCCACUUAUUAAUAGCAUUUGCAAGCAUUCCUUUCCCGACUGAGCUCUUGAGCAGGGCUGCUGGGUCUGACUGCAGCUGAUUCAGGGAACACGGGGUCUCCUAGCUACAAGGGUGCCUUGUUACUUCUGCUUCUACUUUUAAAAUAGGGCAUGAAGAUAUUUCUGUUUCACUUCUGUAGAAUCAUUGUCUUCCUCAGUACUGAAAGAAAUGUUUCCUUUCGUAGUCAAUCUCAGCAGUGAUAUAGCAGCUCAGACGUCUUUUUCCUAGAACUGAUAGUGUUCCUCAUUUCCCAGAAGUGGAGGGCUAUGGGCAGGGGCAAGCUGGAGGUGGUCUACAACCCGCUUCUGAGCAAGAACAAUGUGUGCAAUUCACACUUUAGUGAGUCUCUCACCAAGUCAUGUCUCCUCCCCUGGCUCAUUGGAAUUACACAGUUCUGGUAUUAGAGGAGGAAGGGCUGAACAUUUCCACCACAGCAACGAGAAAAUGGAGAUUCAGCAUGGCAGGAGUAGAUCCUGGCCUCAAACACAGUUCUGAGCAAGCCUUAACUGCUCUCGCAAAGCUCCUCAUUUUGAAGCUCCAGUAGGGAAGGAGGUUCGGUGUGAUUGUACAGUCAAGCAAAAUUUCUUAUUUUCCAGGGGGUGAAGGGAACACUUUACUAAAGACAGGGCAUCUGGUCAAAUAAAUACUAGGCAUCCUGCCAGGCCUGGACUAGAGGUGUGCUAAAAACGAAAAAAAACAAAACUUCCAAAUAAAUAUCUGUUGGUCUUCCUGAGACUCUGGGUUAGUCUUGCUUUGGUCCUCAGAGCUUUCAUUCUCAAGAGUUUACAAAUGGAAGCAGGGUUAGAGGGCUCCGGUUCUCCACCACCCACAAGCUCUGAAAAUCUUUGCCAUCAGGGACUCAUUGGAAGACUGUCUUCUUGGGACUAACCAGAUCUUAGAAGCAGUAAGUGAAAGAAGAGGGAGGACUUAGCCUGGAAAGCGAGAGAACCAGGGAACUGAGAGUUGCAAUCAAAUACUUGAAGGAUUAUCACGGGAAAGAAGAUCAGGACUCCACUGAGAGGCAGAAUCAGUACAAAGGGGCAAAGAACAUGUGGGAACAAAUUCCAGUUCACGUGAAGACCAUUGUGCUAGCAGCCAGCAUGAAGCAUAGAGAAGCUGGUGAGUGUGACAUUUGUGAGUCAGGAUAUUGCAGGUCUAAGUGGCUAUUCCAAGGCCAGUUAGAGAAGGGAGACAAGUGUGAAAUGAAAUUGAUCCCUCUCAGGCUCCGUACCCUCAACACUUCAAUCAUAUUCUGUGAUGUGAACCAUUUACUAGAGAUGCCUACAGAGACCAUCAGACUAGUGUUUGUGGGGAUAUGGGUUGGAGGGAGGACCUCUCAGCUCCCAGGAUGGUGUGGAAAUACAGAUUUGGGAUCUCUGUGCCCUAGAAGGGAGCUCCUGUUGGAGUUAAGAGUCCAGAAAAGAUGCACAGAAUGAGGAAUCAUAAAUUCUAUAUUGACAACUGGAGGAAUAUUUCAGAGAUGAUUAUUUUUUUAGAGAGAGGUUUUUGAAAAAUUUGAGCAAAAAGUAUCAGAAAGGAUCUCAAAUGUGAGUAUAGAGCUACUUGCUACAAAUAUACUUUCCUGACCAGGGCUUGGAAGAAAAAAGGACACAGUUGCAUGAUCUAGAUUCCUCGAGGGGUCCCCUGUAGCUUCAGUCCCAGACAUCCAGCUCCUACAUACAGAGAACCCUGACUAGGCUCUCCUCUCCACAGAUAUAAGGGUCUGAGGACAGAAGGUCCCCAUGUUCUGAUGUGCUUACAGAAGUGUGCCUUUGUACCCAUGCAGAUGUGGUGAUAGGAAAGGGAUUAUUUAUUCAGAACUCUGUAUUUAGUUUAUGCUAUAAUAAAUUAUUCUGUACAAAAAAGGCUUGUGAAAUCUACAAUCCUGUUUUCUAAAAUCUACCUUUCUCUCUGUCUGUCUGUGUGUCUGUCUGUCUCCCUCCCUCCCUCCCUCCCUUUCUCUCUUACAGUGGAGUCUUUUACUCUAACAAAUUGAUGUGAUCUAUCCUAAUGUUGAGUGAAAAUAACAUCUUUACAAGAUUCCAGGCAUUUCCUAGCACUACAAAUGCUAUUAUUAUUUCCAGCUAUAUACAGGGCUUUAGCAUUUAAAGAUGCUUUCGUACUUGUUCUUUCAUUUUAGCCCUGUCACAACCUUAGGAGGAAAAAGCAAGGCAAGGACUACCGUCCCCCUGCUUUAAUGAGGUGCCGGAGUCUUCUCUCAGCGUAUUGCCAAGGACACAUAGCUGGUGGUAGAGGAGAGGGCUCAGAAGCAGGUACAGCAGCGGGUCCCCCUGCUGUGCCAUUCUUCAGUGUUGUUUCCUCAUAAAUGAAAAGUUUGUAGCCUUGAGCAACAAGCCCACAGCAAAGCAGUUAUCCAUCACAAUUGUUACCAUGGGUAUAAUUUCCCCUAGAAAGACUUUUUAGUUUUGAAUAGAAGUUCCCUGGAACCUGACCAUCAAUCACAGGAAAGGGCAACUCCUACAGCUCAGGGGGUAAAACCGUAACACCAGAGUGUUGGGAGCCUACUUCAUGUGAUCACCUGAAGCUCUGGUUCUUGACUGCAGCAUCCAGAAGCAGAAACCUGUAUUUCUGGUUGAAAUUUGUCUGUGUCCUGCUUUGUAAAGCUUCCCAGAAUCAUAUAGAUUCUCUUUUGUUUUUCAACUGUGUUCUCCUCCACACGUAUAAAAAAAUUUACAACUCCUGUCUCAUACAACAUUUGGUCUGCCUUUUGGUUUCUGUAAGAUUUGUUAAAAUGAUCUUGUAAACUUUAUCAAUAAAAUGAUUUUCUUCCAAA